CUAGCAGUUUGUGUAGCUAGCAAAGUGGUUUGUCCUUAGGGUUAGCAGAGGAGGAAAUUGCUCCCUCUCUGAUAAGACAACAGCAAAGAAAGGACGCAUGCUGUUUCAUAGGAAUACGGCUGAUCUCCAGAUAUGACCAUGUACUUGUGGCUUAAACUUCUGGCAUUUGGCUUUGCCUUUCUGGAUACAGGAGUGUUUGUUACAGGAGUAAAUGUUUCCAGUUCUGGACUGAACUCAACAGAAAAGCCCAGUACUCCAGGCGACCCCUUACCCACCCGCACCACUGCAUUCUCACUCCCAAGCAUCUCUGAAAGAGAAAAUUACUCAUCAGAGACCACGCGUCCUCUUAGUCCAGACAGUAGUACAUCGACUGAAGAAUCCCGGAAUUCUUUGGAUAAUGCUAAUUCGCAUGAUGUGACAGGUGUCACACAGCUGCCUCUCCUCACGCACACAGGCUCGCAGGCAUCCUCUGCCGGACCCGACCCGCAGACACCCAGCAGCACUGUUGCCCUUCUCGCACGCACCCCUGCACCAGGCAGGAAUGACCCAUCAGGGUCCUCGGGAGAGUGGACCACCCCCCGCACCUUCCCCGCAGACCCAGCUGCCACCCCAGUAGCCUCCCCCCCGCCCGCACGCAGCAGCUCCGCGGCGCCUCCGCGCGCCUCCAGCAUCCCGGCCAAUGCCAGCUCCUCAGAUGAGACUCAUACGUCCACUUCACCCGCAACAAGCACUAACCAUACAACUGCUCCCACAACAAUAGUUUCCCCAGAGCCUAGGCAAACAUGUGAGGACAGAUACGCAGAUAUCACCGUGGAAUAUUAUUAUUAUGAACCUAACUCAUUUGUAGCAAAACUAAAUGUUAAUGAUACCGUGAAUUGUGCCCAAUGUGAGAACAAUGUGAUCUCUAACCUAAAAGAAUGUGAAAACCUGAAUGUUACUAUAAGUCACAGUUCAUGUGUCAGUCCAGAUAAAACCUUAACCUUAGAGGUACCACCAGAUCCUGGAAAUUUUGAUCUGGAAGAUUGUACACAGAAAGAGAAAGCAAAUACUUCUAUUUGUGUAAGAGUAGAACAAAAGAAAAACUUUACUUGUGACAAAAGUAAAAUUAAAUACAGACUUCAGUGUGAUAAUCGUACUCCAUCUAAAGAGAUGCAGUUUGAAUGGGAAGGCUUUUUACCUGAAACAUAUUAUUUCUGUUACUUGAAUGUAUCCUAUAAUGGCCAGCUUGUUUUGAACUUAAGUAAAAUUAUUGAAACAGAUUUUGGAAGUCCAGACCCACCUGAGAAUCUUACCUGCAGCAGUGAAAACGCAAAUAGCAUAGUGAUCACCUGGGAACCCCCUACAAAUACUUUUCAUGGUUACAGUGUUUGUUAUCACAGUAAUGCAGAUAUUCAGUCACAUGCCUCUGGCCUCGAAGAAGCUUACUUCCGUCAGGAAAUGUGCCAAGAGUUGGGUGAAACAGUGAAACAACAUCAACUGCAACAGUUGAAACCUUAUACAAGGUACAGGGUAUCAAUAAAGGCCUACGCCAAUGGAAAAGUGCGACGUGAAGGAAGUUCUGAAGAGUGUGAUGUUCUGACAAAUGAAGCAGUUCCAGGCCCAGUCAGGGACUUACAUUUUUCACGGAAGUCAGAUAAUAGUGUGCAAGUGAAGUGUAAGCCUCCUGCUGACUAUAAUGGCCCCAAGGAUGGCGACUACCACCUGCAAGUCAGAACUGGAGAUGUCCUGGUUAACGAUUUGCCUAACAAAACUUGCGAAUUCCUUGUAGAAAAUCUUCACUAUUCAACAGAAUAUAAGUUUAAGGUCUACUAUAACAAUGGAAAAUUUGAUGGAGUUUCACAAAGUUUUUCUCACACAACAUCUUAUAAUUCUAGAGCACUGAUUAUAUUUCUGGUGUUUCUCAUCAUUGUGACAUUCUUAGCUCUGCUUGUUGUUCUCUAUAAAAUCUAUGACCUACGCAACAAGAGGUCCAGUGAUUUAGAUGAAGAGCAGGAACUUGUGGAAAGGGAUGAUGAAAAACAACUGAUGACUGUGGAGCCAAUCCAUGCAGAUAUUUUGUUGGAAACUUAUAAGAGGAAGAUCGCUGAUGAAGGAAGACUGUUUCUGGCUGAAUUUCAGAGCAUUCCACGGGUGUUCAGCAAGUUUUCUAUCAAGGAUGCUCGAAAACCUUUUAACCAGAAUAAAAACCGUUACGUUGACAUCCUUCCUUAUGAUUAUAACCGUGUUGAACUCUCUGAUAUAAAUGGAGAUGCAGGGUCAAAUUACAUAAAUGCCAGUUACAUUGAUGGCUUCAAAGAACCCAGGAAAUACAUUGCUGCACAAGGCCCCAGGGAUGAAACUGUUGAUGAUUUCUGGAGGAUGAUCUGGGAACAGAAAGCCACAGUCAUUGUCAUGGUCACUCGAUGUGAGGAAGGAAACAGGAACAAGUGUGCAGAAUACUGGCCAUCGAUGGAAGAGGGCACACGGGCUUUUGGAGAUGUCAUUGUAAAGAUCACCGAGCACAAAAGAUGCCCAGAUUAUAUCAUUCAGAAGUUGAACAUUACAAAUAAAAAAGAGAAGGCCACUGGAAGAGAGGUGACUCACAUUCAGUUCACCAGCUGGCCAGACCAUGGGGUGCCUGAAGAUCCUCACCUGCUUCUGAAGCUGCGGAGGAGAGUGAAUGCUUUCAGCAACUUCUUCAGUGGCCCCAUUGUGGUGCACUGCAGUGCUGGUGUGGGACGCACAGGCACCUAUAUUGGAAUUGAUGCCAUGCUAGAAGGCCUGGAAGCGGAAAACAAAGUAGAUGUUUAUGGUUAUGUUGUCAAGCUAAGGCGACAGAGAUGCUUGAUGGUCCAAGUGGAGGCCCAGUAUAUCUUGAUCCAUCAAGCCUUGGUGGAAUACAACCAAUUCGGGGAGACAGAAGUGAGUUUGUCUGAAUUACACCCGUAUCUAUUGAACAUGAAGAAAAGAGACCCGCCCAGUGAGCCAUCUCCACUAGAGGCUGAAUUCCAGAGACUUCCCUCAUAUAGGAGCUGGAGGACACAGCAUGUUGGAAAUCAAGAACAAAAUAAAAGCAAAAACAGGAAUUCUUACAUCAUUCCAUAUGACUUUAACAGAGUGCCACUUAAACAUGAACUGGAGAUGAGCAAAGAGAGUGAGCAUGAUUCAGAUGAAUCUUCUGAUGAUGACAGUGACUCAGAGGAAACAAGUAGAUACAUCAAUGCGUCUUUUGUAAUGAGUUACUGGAAACCUGAAGUGAUGAUUGCUGCUCAGGGACCCCUAAAAGAGACCAUUGGUGACUUCUGGCAGAUGAUAUUCCAAAGAAAAGUCAAAGUCAUUGUUAUGCUGACACAGCUGAAGGAUGGAGACCAGGAAGCCUGUGCUCAGUACUGGGGAGAAGGAAAGCAAACAUAUGGAGAUGUACAAGUUGAUAUGAAAGAGACCAACAAAUCUUCAGCUUAUACCCUCCGUGUAUUUGAACUGAGACAUUCCAAGAGGAAAGAUUCUCGGACUGUGUACCAGUACCAAUAUAAUAACUGGAAUGUGGAUGAGCUUCCUGCAGAACCCAAAGAGCUAAUCUCUAUGAUUCAGGCUCUCAAAGAAAAAUCUCCCAAGAAUUCCACUGAAGGGAAUAAGCAUCACAAGAAUGUGCCUCUCCUCAUUCACUGCAGAGAUGGAUCUCAGCAAACAGGACUAUUUUGUGCUUUGUUAAAUCUCUUGGAAAGCGCAGAAACAGAAGAAGUAAUAGAUGUUUUUCAAGUAGUAAAAUCUCUCCGCAGAGCUAGACCAGGAAUGGUUCCCACGUUUGAGCAAUACCAAUUCCUCUAUGAUGUCAUUGCUAGCACCUAUCCUGCCCAGAAUGGACAAAUAAAGAAAAGCAACAAUCAGGAUGAUAAAGUUGAAUUUGCUAACGAAUUGGUGAACAAAGCAAAGCAGGAUGCUAAUUGUGUUAGUUCUCCUGGUGCUCCUGAUAAGACCAAUGAAGGAAACAAAGAAGAUGAAGGUACUAAAGUCACAAGUAGCCCUGAGGAGCCAGAACAUUCUGCCAAUGGUCCUGCGAGUCCAGGUUUAACUCAAAAUGCAUAGGAAAAGACAUAUACAGGACUCAAGCAAUGUAUUAGGUGUUAUUUCUGGUUUUUUAGGAGUAGGAGAACAAAAUAGAUAUACAGUGGAUUAAUGCAGUACUUUGGACCAAUAUUUGAGAAGCUUCUAUUUUACUACUGUAGAAACAUAUUUAAGACAAUUUUGCUAAAAACUUUGUACAGUUUUAUGCAUAUUUUAAAAUUUUACCUAUCACUUAGCAAAAAAUAACUUCUUUGUAGUCUUUGGGUGUGUGUGUCUGUGUGUGUGUGAGACAGAGACAGCAACAGAAAGAGAGAGAGGGGUUGCUUUUAAGUGAAUUUAAAUGCUUUUGAGAAACCUUGCCCUUUUUUUGAAGAAAAAAUACAUUUUAUACAGAACAUAUUAAGUUAGUUUACGGGACCUACUUUUUAAAUCAUAAAUUGUGUGUGGCCUCUAAGGAUAAAAUGUACAUUUCUAGAAUGACCUCAAGAUGUCCUCCUUGUUCUACUCAUAUAUAUCUUAUAGUUUACUAGUUUACUUCUAGAAAUAGACAUAAAAAUAGUAUGUGUGUGUGUGGUUACUACAAGAAAGUUAACUAAAUUAACAUUUGGAAAUCUUAUAUUCCAUAUGUUAGCGUUUAGUUCAUAUCUUUCAAGCUCAUUUAAUCUAAUUUAAAAUUUUCAAGCAAGCUUAUCUUGUUAGAUUCACACGGUGUUUAUAAUUUUGCAGCCUGGGUUUAUCCUCUGUAUAAUAUGUGAAAUUCAUUGCUUGAUACUUUUGACCAAGAAUUAUGUUUGUUGCAGCUGAAUUUAAAUAAACAUCUUUAAACAAA